CGCUUGAAUUAUUAUUGGUGCAACGCGGAACGUUUCUAUUCCGUUGAGCGUCGCGGGGAAGGAUUUUCAUAACGGACUCGGUUGCUGCUUACAUUUCUCUGAAUAGAAACUAAACUGCAGGUGGAGGGAUGAGCCUCUCCCCUGUGAUUGGCACUGAAGUGCCAGAAACUGCUAACGGAGUUGUGACACCCAUCCCAUUUGAAAAUGGCCCCCAUGUUCCAGUCUCAGUGAAAUGUGAGGGGAACAGAGUGCCCUGUCCUGGGGAGGCAUCAGAGGAUGGAGCCCUGGGACACUCGGAGAACCACGUAGAUGUGGAAAACAGAGUUCACGAUGGCGAAGGUUACUCGGAGACAAAGAUGUACAAUAAUGAGAGAACAUCUAAUAUAUCAUCAUCACACACCUCUCAUGUGACAGAACCCUCCCUCCCUGCUGCCACAUGCACAGGGGACUCAGAAUCAUCCUCCAAAGACACAGACAUUCAUGAGGCUCUCGAGCCUCCUGGAGCAGCUUUGCUGCAGGACUCUGCACAGCAAGCACACUCCAAAGACUCAUCUGAUCGAGGAGGCUCUGCUACCACAUACAGACAGCCGACGGAGGCAGAGACUGUAGAUGGGGGUACUGACAGCCGAGAAGAGGAGGAAGAGGAGGAGGAGGAAGAGGAAGAGGAGGAGGAUGAUGAUGGAGAGAAGGAGAAACAGGACGAGGAGGAAGAUGAGAAGAAUGAAAAAAAGUGGAUACAUCAGCGUGCAGGAGGGAGAGCAGAGGUGGAGUCUUCAAGACACUACUCCUCCUCAGCCCCUGGUCCCAGCACCGCGUCCUCCUCCUCUCCUCCACCCCCUCUCCUGCCCUCAGAUGAUGUCCCUUGUCCUCCCCACGUCAUGGCCCAGGUCUGGGUACGCAACGUCCGAGGGAUGCAGGACAGCAAGAGCUUGGAUGAAAUCAGCCAAGCGUGUGGAGGCGGUUCGGGGGCCCGGGGAGGCGGCAGAGGUGGCCAGUCAGAGGGCAGACGGGCAACAAUCUCGUCGGCUCUGGAGCUAGAGGGGACAGUCAGCCAUGAAGGAGACCUGACUAACUUCAUCACCAAGAACCUGGAGCAGAAAAUCAAGAUGAGCUCCAAGCCCAGCCUGGACUGCAGUGACUCGGACUGUUCAGGUCCCAUCUACCGAAGCCGGGGGUUGUCACGGAGACCAGCUGAUAUCCCUCCCAUUGAUCCAGCUGUCCUAUUGGAUCUUCAGAGACACAGUCAAGAAGUGGCACACAGUGUGGAGAUGAUGAUGCGGAGCCUCAAUGGAACCAUCCAGAAUAUGACGGCUCUGAGUGUGGGCUACAUCCAGACCUACAGAGACUCAGUCGACAGCCUGGGAGAGUCUGUGGACAUGAGUAUAAAGGGCAUGUACACACUGAUGGCUCGCUGCGAGGAGUUGGAUCGUUCCAUGCAGCCCAUACACAGCCUUGCCGCACAGAUCCGUGACAUCAAACGCACCCUUGAUGCUCUGGAGGCGAUUUGCAAGUAACCCCCACCUGUCGGGGACGACUACACAUCCCAACCGCAAAGAUCCGACAUCAAGCACAUGACUGAACGAGGCUGUCUGCAAGUAAAGCCACCUUUCUGCAAGUAGCACACACACAUACACUGCAGCGAAGAUUAAAGUGCACCUUUGGAUCCAUGAAACCAUUGCUACUAGGCAUGCUGGAUGAUUGGCGCUCAUAGUCCCUCCGCUUGUUCAUCGUGUGAAGAUGACCAUGUUUGUGUUGUGAGAUUUAAAAUGAAUCGGGCUCGAUCUGCUCAGCUUUCCGUUUUUGUUUUUUAUCUAAAGCAAUCUAACUUCCUCUAAAGAAGAUGGAACCAAAUCACACAAAUUAACCCAUUUUGGAGACACUUGGUCAAGUGCCAUGGACACACACACACACACACACACACACACACACACAUGCAUAUACAUAUACAAACAGACCCAUGUGUGACGAUGUGUGGAUCGGUGCCCUCCCUCCAUGAGCUAAGGAGGAAUAGUGCGUUGUUAUCCGUCCAGCCUGCUCGAUUCAGAUUGCACUAACCUUUCCUGCCCACAUGGGGGCAAUGUUCCUCUCUCUGUCUCUCUCCUCGCCCUUGGAGAGGCCAGUAUGAACUGCUCAGAAGACAGUGACUUUUGCACAGGAACAGGAAAGAAAAGUCUAUUUUUUAAUCUUAUGCAACAACAGAUCAGAUUCUUUCACCGCAGGCUAAACGAGAGCGGGGGAGCCUCAUGGCUGUGUGUCUUUUUUAUGUUUAUUUAUUCAGUGUUAUCAGCAUGCUUGCUUUGUCACUACGCUGCAACUCUGUGUCACUGGGAGCAGCCUCACUGGUGGAUUUGUAGAUGAAGUUCAAAUGAUGCUUGAGGGUUGUUGAAAAUAAUGAAAGUGUUUUUUGCUUUGUCCUCUCUGAUUCUCUCAAACUGCCCAUCAGUUUAAAUCACAGGUCUGCCUCUCUAAUUUAAAGCUGCCACCAGCCCUGUGUCAUUAGGUCUAAAAUCUCAAUAUUCACCUCUGUUCAAUGCCAUCCAAGAUGUUUUCAAGAGCAUAACUGGAAAGAUAUCUAAUAGCUAUUAGUAGCUAUAGAUUUUUGAAAAGUUUCAGGUACUUAAGAUUUGACUUGUCAUGUAUAUUUCACCAACUUGAAGAAUUUUCAAGAAUCCGAAGCCGUUGAAAAUGUCUGGGCUUGUAAGUAUCUAACAACUGCUCAUUAAGAGUGUCAGUAAUUGGAUUGUUUCCUGUUAUUCAGGCAAUUUAUCGAAAUAUUGUAUGUAUAAAAUCCCUUAGAACAAAACCCUACAUUUAUUUUGCCUUGUCUACAUUUGAAUCUUGGAAAGAAUCCUGAAAGAAUUAGAUGAAACUCAAUUAAGGUUUGCUUCUUAUUGCACUGAGAAGUCACUAAGCUGACACAAACAGCCAUUACAUUUCUGUGAAGCGUGUCCUCGCGUUUGUUUUCCUCAACACUGACGAGAUUGGACACGUUGUUUCAACAAAGACAAAUUAAAUCUGGGAAACAGUGCUGGACACGGUCUUGUGUAAACUAACAUGAACUAUCGCAUUUAAUUGCAUACAAAGUUGGUAUUUAUUGAUUUUACUUGGCGAUCACAGCCUCAGACUGCAGCAGCAGCUGGCUGUUGUUUUACCAACCUGAGGCCGUUUGCUCUCAUGGAGCAUUUUACUUGAUUUAAUGACGAGACUUUGGUGCUUCCGUCAUUGCACUGGUGGGCAGCCUUGUUGUAGAUCAUCGUGCUUGUACUAGAUUUAAAUACUAUUACUUGUACAUGUACCUAUUACUGAUGGCAGGCAAUAUGUAAUUUGGCUCCAGUAGUGCUGUUGUUGUGAUGGCUUACUUAAAUUGGACUCUGAGACUUCCUUCAACACUCUUUGGCCAAACCAGCUACUGAAGUUGAUUUCAUCCACAUAUUAUCAGAGUAAUACUACAAGCAAACUAAAUCAAUGUUUUAAUCUUGGCUCUGCAUCGUCUUAACUGUCUUUACAUGCUGCUCUGCACCUGUUUACACCACUAUGGGAGAAGAUCAUGUUAUUGGUUUAGCAAAAAACUGGAAAGUCUCCUCUUUGUCUUGUUUUUCCUCAACCUUGAUAGCAGAUUGUGAAAAUUGUGAAAGAGGAUUAGGGAGCAUGACUACAAAAGCUUAUAUUAGAGAAUAUUAUGAUCCUGGAUAUGAAGAUGAAGGUAAAAUGUCCAGACUAAGUGGACACUUGGGAAUCUUAGUAGACUUUGAUGUGAGAAAGCAGAGGUGAUGUCAUUUUCUUGUUCAUGAUAUAAAUAAAUGUAUGAUUAAUGAAUUUUCCGUUGUACAAUCAGAUGCACCUGUGUACAUAUGAUCUCUUUCUGUAACUAAAAAAUGAUUUAGAUACCCUUCGUCUUGAGUGUAUAUUUUAAUGAAAAAUAACAAAUAAAUUUACAUGAGCUGCAAAAACAAA